UCAAUAGCACGUAUUUGGUUUAAAGUUCAAUUCAGUGUCGCAUGUUACACAGUUUAGUUUAUAACAUGUGAAGCGACAAUUGAUUCAAUGGACUACUACAGUUACUUCCACGAACAGUUUAAAUAAAAUUGUCUUCCGUGUAACUAUUGUUUUCUAAAGAAAGGAAAUAAAGAACAGUUUCAGAAUGACUUUUGGGACCGCAGUUAUUAUUGUUAACGAAAAAUUCACGGUAAAAGGUCACGACAAAGAACGAAGGGGCGCUUCAGAAGAUAAUUCUAAUAUGCAAAAGAAGUUUAAAGAACUUGGGUUUGAUGUUAAGCCGCAUUUCAAUAAAAAUGCCUCGGAUAUACGAACUGUAUUCCAAGAAGCGUCUUCAAUACAAAGUGACAUCAUCGUGUUCGUCAUUAGCACGCAUGGAGAAGAAAGUCACCUUGCAAACGUCAACUCUAACGGAACCAAGGUGUACGAUCAAAUGAUAAUGGGUAGCGACGGACAGACGGUAUCCGUCAAUGACCUUCUCAGUCUGCUCGAUAAUGACGCGCUGAAGGGGCGAACUAAGCUGUGUUUUAUACAGGCGUGUAGAUUGAUCACAAAUGGUGACCCGACACAACAGGUGGAUCUGGGCGUUACUGUUGGGGUUGCGGACGGGAUGCAAAUCUAUAAAGCAAAAGUUGAUGGCAAAGCAGACGACACGUGGGCUGACAGUGAAGAUGAGACAGACCCAGGAGAAGGGGACACCGGAGUGAUGCCGAAGCUCCCCGAAACAGAAAUAGGACCAGAAAAAUCUGCGAACUACUCUAAAAGUAAAAUAGCACCAGAAAAAUGCGAAUCGGAGAUUGCAAUAGCACCUGUUCAGUGCCCAAGAGAUUGUCUUGUCAUGUACGGUGUUCAACCACACAAAAAGGCAUUGCGGGGAAAAGAACAGGGGUCGUGGAUGUUACACUACAUGUAUCAAGCGCGCGACAUCCUAACAGAAAAUGACGGAAAUGUCCUGAAGUACUUGACAACUGUCCUGAGGAAGAUGGCUGACCAUGAGUCCAAGUAUUAAAAACAGGGAGUGAAAAUUUGCGGCACAAUUUAUCAUCGAUUAACUCGCGAGGUUUUCAUUAAGAAAAUGUAAUACCAGUUUUCAUUGUUCGAUACAAUUUGUAUAAUGGUUUGGGUGUGCGACAAUUUAGAUAAUCAUUUUAAAUUUAGUUGUCUUAAUAUGUUUGUUGUUUUGACGGAACAAAGCCGCGCGUCAUGUAAAGCAGACGACAUAGAAUUGAAGUAAAUUGAAGGCGUAUAAUAAUCAUAGACGACACUUUCUUAAAAGGUGAAUGUUAGAAACGACUUUUUCCGCGGGCUACAACGUGUUUGAGCUUAGUUUCAUUUAUAGGUCGCAUUGUUCGAUAAACGCUUAAGGUAGUACAACUGUAAUGGGCAAUAUUCCAAAACCCAUUUAAAGUAUUAUUUUCAGAAACUUCAAACCAUAUGUGGUCUUAUUACCAAUUUGUGUAGCUUUCCAGGCCAAAUAUUUUUUCGUGAUUUUUUCUGUAUGAUGACCCAUAAUUUGAAUUUUCUUCUAGAUUAAAUUACACCUGGGGAUACAUAAAUUCAAUAAACUCAUAUGUUUUAGCAUUUUUUGUUAACAAUGUUUGUAUAUUUAGUACAUGAUAUGAUUGUAGAUGGUAAAAUAAUAUAAUACAAGACAAUUGAGUGAUAACAAUAAUGGAACAAAUCUGAUUUAUUAUGUAAGGUCUUUAAAAACUACAAGUUCGACCCGUGUAUGCAAAACUCAUCCUUACAAAAUUUUCUCUUUUUUUAUAAGUUGUAUGUUAUUUCUUUGGAAUUUGAGCAUUUAUAUUUUAUCAGAGACAUGUGAUGAGCUUAAAUCAAAGUAAAAAAAGCAAGUUGCCCUUGUAUUUUUUUAACAAUUCACAAAAUAUUUUUCAAGAAAUUCAAAACCACAUAAUCGCAAAUGGACAAAAUAUGCAAAAUAUACCAAUUCAGUUACCACCGUCAAUGUUCGUACUCUCUUUAUACAUAUAUUUAAUACAUUAUGCAGUUAUGCUAAAUCUGCCGAUGUAGGGAUGGCGUUGGUGAGGUGGGGUGGCGGGUAAGGGUGGAGGGGUAGGCGUGAGUAGGUCUGAAAAGUAAAAAAAAAAUACAACGUUGUAUAUUAAGGAUUUUUCUAUGUUAACCAUGAUCUAUAACAUUGUUAGAUUUAAAUUCUAAUGACCACCUACCCAACAAGCUUGUAUUAAUUUAAUAACAAUGUACAAACAAACAUAUUAAUGCAAAAUUUCAUAACGAAACUAAAUAAGCGUAUACUUAUAAUUUCCUUUCAAAUGGACAUGGCUUUCUACAUUAUAUCCUGCAGUUAGUUACAAAUACUCAAGCGAAUUCGGUGACACUUGACAUCAUGCAUAUAAAAGGCAAUGUAGGGAUUAAGUACAACCCUUUAUUUUUCACCUUAUGUGAUUGAUCAGGUUACUGUUACUAAACAUGGAAACAAAAAAUCACACAAAAUGAAUCCUACGAUAACUCAAAAAGUACUAAAGGUGCUUUGAUGAAAUUGUAUGCACUUAUAAAUAGCAUUAUGGAGAUUCUGGGCUUUAGCACUGUGGAAAGCAAUUGUAUUUUACACAGCCAAUGGGGAAAAGCUGUUGGUCAUUACAUCUUUUGAAGACAAAUUCACAAAUUGGAGCAAUUUUCUAAGUGACAUCUGCCAUAGCAUCGUGUGCAUUGUAUGUUUCACCAAUCAAUUGUAAAACUAAAUCAACUUGCUGCAAGGACUGCUUUCGAUAUAAUUUUCUAAAUAUUGAUAGAGAAUCGAUAAAAGCACAGAUAUACAAAAUAUCAAUUGCACUAACAUUUACCAAGAUAGAAACACAAAUUGUUAAAUCAAAACGACGA